AUGUCGUACGAUUACCUCUUCAAGUACAUCAUCAUCGGUGACACAGGUGUAGGGAAAUCGUGCCUGCUCCUCCAAUUCACUGAUAAGAGGUUCCAACCCGUUCAUGAUCUCACCAUUGGUGUUGAGUUUGGCGCUCGCAUGGUCACCAUUGAUGCUCGACCCAUCAAGCUUCAGAUAUGGGAUACUGCUGGGCAAGAGUCUUUUAGAUCCAUCACUAGAUCUUACUAUAGGGGAGCAGCAGGAGCACUUCUAGUUUACGACAUUACAAGGAGAGACACAUUUAAUCAUUUAGCAAGUUGGCUGGAAGAUGCCCGGCAGCAUGCCAAUCCUAACAUGAGCAUCAUGCUCAUAGGGAACAAGUGUGACCUGUCUCAUCGAAGGGCAGUGAGCAAAGAGGAGGGAGAGCGAUUUGCAAAGGAAAAUGGACUUCUGUUCUUGGAGGCUUCUGCUAGGACAGCUCAAAAUGUGGAAGAGGCUUUUAUAAGGACUGCUGCAAAGAUUCUUCAGAAUAUUCAGGAAGGUGUCUUUGAUGUGUCCAAUGAGGCAUUUGGUAUUAAAGUUGGCUAUGGACGUCCCCAAGGCCAAUCAGGUGGCAGAGAUGGAACUGUUUCUGGGAGAGGUGGGUGUUGUAGCUGA